AUGUUCGAUAAAGUUGCAGUUGUUACUGGCGCCAACAAGGGUAUUGGCUACGGCGUAGUGAAGGAAUUAUGUAUGCGAGAAGUGAAAAAAGUGUAUUUAACAGCACGUGAUGUAAAGAGAGGUACCGAUGCAGUAGAGGCCUUGAAAAAAGAAGGCUACGACCCUAUUUUUCACCAACUAGAAGUUACUGACGAGGAAAGUGUCAAGAAAUUUGCGGAGUUCUUAAAAGCAGAACAUGGAGGUAUUGACAUAUUAAUUAACAACGCAGCAGUUAUGACGCAGACGUUUGACAAGGUAACAUAUGAAGAUGCCACACGAGUUAUAAAUGUCAAUUUCUACAGCAUACUGCUAAUAGAAAAAUAUUUAUUUCCCCUACUGAAUGACAACGCAAGAGUGGUCAAUGUAUCGAGUGACUGUGGGCUGCUAUCACGACUGAAAAAUAAACAUUGGAUCGAUAAAUUAUCCAGAAAAGAUCUCAAGCUAAAAGACGUAGAAGAAUUUAUUCACUGGUUCUUGGAUUCAGUCAAGAGUAACACUUUUAAUCAAGAAGACUUUAAUAUAACUAUACUCAUUUCAUACGUAGUCUCCAAAAUAGCCCUCACCGCGUACACAUGGAUACAGCAAAGAAAUAUAGACAGGGGUAUUUGUAUCAACGCCCUGCACCCAGGCUUUGUCACUACGAGUAUGACCAAGAACUGCGGUAUGAUAUCUGUGGAACAAGCCAGCGAUGCCCCUGUUUAUUUGGUGCUAGACGCCGAUCAGUCCCUCAAGGGAAAAUAUAUUUGGUUCGAUAAGACUGAAAAAGACUGGUAUGACGCAGAACUGAAUAUAGAUUAUGUGGACCCGAAAGUGGUUGCAGAGUUCCUAGAAAAAAUGGCACCAUAA